AAUUUUUACUUCAGACAUAAUGCUUCUUUUCCCUGCAAGUGAAUGAUAUGCUGGUCCAAUUAUGCAUAAGCUUCAUAAGCUGCGCAAUUGUAUCCCAGAUGAACAUUAUGUGCAGACAUUGUUUGCGAUGAGUGAACUUGAAGGUGAACUUGAGAGAAGAGCAAUGACCUAUAACUUAUGGAAUCAGUCAGCUGCCAAGAUGGAGAAUAACUGGCAUCCUGUUACAUUUAGCUAUGCGGAUGCUGACACUAAACAGAUCAAUGAAAUAAAGGUUGUUACUUCUCAUCCCUAACGUUAGCUGCUUUUCAUCCAGUCCACUUCUUUCUGAUCAAUUCAAUUUUCUAUGCUCCUGAAGGUAAUUUAAUCUCUCAAAUUUGACCUUCAUUGCAGGCUUUUUGUUCUUUUACAGUCCAUGUUUGUAUGUUUCACUUGGAUCUUCUUGCUUGUGUUAUUUUAUUGAACAGGCCAUCAACCGUGUGAACUAUGAGAGUGAAUUUAGGACUAAGUGGUGUUGUACUAAUUCUACAUUUGUUACCAGAUUCUUAUUUGCAUGGAAGUUCUCGUGGAGCUGCCAUGCGCCUUUUGGGUGAGGGGCUAGUGGGCCCUUUUAAGGCCUGUACAUUGAUAGACACACCUUCAUAAUCAGCGAAUUCUUACACCAUUCUUAACAGUCAAUUGACCCUGUAGAUCAAAUUUGGCUAGGUCUAGCUACUAGAAUGAUGGCUUGAGUUUUGCUGAUAAAUCACACCACUGACUGUAGACAAAGAGUAGAUUAGUAUCAGAGAACAUGGCACAGAUAAUUACUGCUUAUUGAAGAAGGUAGAAUUGGAAGAUAAGAUGUAAGACAUAGCAGAGAGCGGAUACAAUCAUCACUGUUCCAUACAGUAACAUAUUGUUGUAUGGCUGAUGGAGCUGUUAUAUUACGUUCUUCAUGCAGUUGGAAACAUGUCUUUUUAUUACAUUUUCUGGACUGUGUGAUAUGGUC